AUGGAGCUCCUCCAGAAGGAGCACCAGCGCCUGUUCAAGCGGGCCCAGAGCUCGAAGAGCAUUAACGAUGUUCAGGCUACGAUUGAUCUACUGAAGGAGGCACGAGAUAGUAUUGAAAGAGAUCCGAGUUCCGCUUCUAUAACCCUCGCAAAGCUGCAAAACCCUGUUAAAUCCUCUUUCGAGACUACCAACGACAGUUUGAAGGAGACUUACACCGCUCUGAAUAAGUAUGGUAGGGCAUUGGAUAAGGUGAGAUCUGAGAUAGCCAUUGUAAUGCAUUUGCUGCGAGAGGGCCAGUUCUCCGUGGCGUCCACAUUUCUUUCGGAGCUGGGCCGGAAUCUCACUUCCUCACAGACUUCCAAUAACGUACAAAUUCCUGACCAGUUUGGCACCCUGCCACAGCAAUGCGACGAGUCACAAUUCGACGAAAUACGAAGCCAAUUUACCGUAAUGUAUCGCAUAUUACACCAGUUGACAGAAGAGAGAAAUUUAGUCCCCGCCAUCGACUGGGCUAGAGAGAACCGUGCUCAAUUAGAACGACGAGGAAGCAAUCUGGAAUUUGAACUUUGCCGAUUACAAUUCGUGUGGCUGUUCCACGGCGGCAAGGAGGGCAAUGUGUCCAUUAUGUCUGGCCGAGCCGCCGCACUGAACUAUGCGAGAAAAGAAUUCCACCAUUUCCAUGCUAGGCACCUUCGUGAGGUCGAGCAGCUUAUGGGUGCAAUGGCGUUUUGCCCGAACCUAGAGGAAUCUCCAUAUAAAUCCAUAUUCGUUAACCCUUGGGCAUGGUUCGACGUUGCUGCAGCGUUUACUCGCGAAUUUUGCGCACUACUCGGCUUAUCCGCUGACUCACCGCUGUAUAUCGCGGCGACAGCCGGAGCAAUCGCUCUUCCAACCCUUCUCAAAUUGCAGGCCAUUAUGAAAGAGAAGCGUACGGAAUGGACUACACAAAAUGAAUUACCAGUUGAAAUCCCCCUUCCGCCGUCCUACUUAUUCCAUUCUAUUUUUGUAUGCCCCGUGUCCAAAGAACAGACUACUGACGAAAACCCACCUAUGAGAAUGCCCUGUGGGCAUGUUGUCGCUCAAGAAUCACUAAUGAGACUGAGUAAAGGGGGUAAAUUCAAGUGCCCAUAUUGUCCUAACGAGAGCCAUCCUAAGGAUGCAAUGAAAAUCAUUCUGUAA